CGACUCUGUAGCCUUGUCUCUCGCUGCAAAGUGCAAAUAACCCGUAAAGCUCACCUCACCGAGUCUCUAAAAUUUUUCCAGCUUCACCUAAGAAUGUAGCAUAAAGACACACUUCCAUUUACUUGAAACCUCCAUGGCCGGCCAUUGUCUCCUUCCUUAUUCUUCUUCCUCUUUAGUAUACCGAACCCCAAAACCCCCAAAACCUUUCCGUUAUUACUCCUCAAUUUCAUCCCAACUUCACUCCCCGUCUCGUGAUGACAACGACGGCGACAAUGAUAAUUGCAGCAAAACCAAGAAACAUUCCCGACUCAACUUAUCCAACCUCUCCAUUACCCUCACCAUCAUCUCCGGCUCUCUCCCCCAGCCCGCUCUCGCCGCAGCUGCCGCUGUCAAAAAGCGGUCGUCCAAGAAAACGACGCCGAAACUUCCCGAAGCCCUAACCCCGGAAGAGCUCAAAUCUUGGGUACAGGGACUCCCAAUUGUAUCAGACCGCAUUCCGUACACGCAACUGUUGGAAUUGAAGAAAGAGGGAAAGCUCAAGCAUGUAGUUAAGCAGGGUAGUGGUCGUGGUUUGCGGCAGCGUACGGAACCGGUGCUGGUUGUUCUCGAUGACUCUAGGGUUUUAAGGACGGUUUUGCCGUCCUUGGAUGCCAACAGGAGGUUCUGGCAGUCCUGGGAUGAAUUGAACAUUGACUCCCUCUGUGUCAACGCGUAUACGCCUCCACUCAAGGGGCCGGAUGUGCCGGCACCGUAUUUGGGCUUCCUUGGGAAUGUGCCGGCAUUUAUGCUGAGGUUGGCGAGUCCGAAGAAAGAGUCGAAGAGAGCAUUAGAGUUUAGAAGAAUUAGGGAGGAGUUGAAAAGGGAAAAGAUGGAAGGGUUAGAGAGGAUGAGAAAGGACAGGGAGGCGAUGGAUAAGGCGAUAAGGGUGCAGAGGAAAGAGGAGGAGAGGAGGAGGAAGAUGGAGCUGAGGAAGAAGGAGCACGAGGAGUCCUUGCAAGCGGCAAGGAGGAAUUACUUGCAGAUGGGCAAUAUGUGGGCGGAUUUAGCACAGGAUCCUAAUGUGGCCGGUGCGCUUGGGUUGGUGUUCUUUGUGAUAUUUUACAGGACGGUGGUACUUAGUUAUAGGAAGCAGAAGAAGGAUUACGAGGAUAGGAUAAAGAUUGAGAAGGCGGAGGCAGAGGAGAGGAAGAAGAUGAGGGAGUUGGAGAGGGAGAUGGAGGGAAUUGAGGGUGAGGAUGAUGAGGAGAGUGAGCAAGGGAGAGGUGAGCAAAAUCCUUAUUUGAAGAUGGCUAUGCAGUUCAUGAAGUCGGGGGCUCGUGUUAGACGAGCACAUAAUAAGAGGUUGCCACAGUAUUUAGAGAGAGGUGUGGACGUCAAGUUUUCAGAUGUUGCAGGGCUCGGCAAAAUACGUCUUGAGCUUGAGGAAAUUGUGAAGUUUUUCACGCAUGGAGAAAUGUAUAGGAGGAGAGGAGUGAAAAUACCAGGUGGUAUACUUCUUUGUGGCCCCCCUGGUGUGGGGAAGACUUUACUGGCAAAAGCUGUGGCUGGGGAGGCAGGCGUAAACUUCUUCUCAAUUUCUGCCUCUCAGUUUGUGGAAAUAUAUGUUGGGGUUGGUGCUUCUCGUGUCAGAGCACUGUACCAAGAAGCAAAGGAAAAUGCUCCAUCUGUUGUCUUCAUCGAUGAGCUGGAUGCGGUAGGAAGGGAGCGUGGUCUGAUUAAGGGUUCUGGUGGACAAGAACGUGAUGCUACUCUUAAUCAGCUCCUUGUCUGCUUGGAUGGAUUUGAAGGAAGAGGGGAAGUGAUCACCAUUGCUUCCACGAAUAGACCAGAUAUUCUAGAUCCAGCACUUGUAAGACCUGGGCGGUUUGAUCGGAAAAUAUAUAUCCCCAAGCCUGGCCUUAUUGGUCGUAUUGAAAUUUUGAAGGUUCAUGCUCGUAAGAAACCUAUGGCUCAAGAUGUGGACUAUAUGGCUGUCGCUAGUAUGACUGAUGGCAUGGUUGGGGCAGAGCUUGCCAACAUAGUUGAGGUUGCUGCUAUCAAUAUGAUACGGGAUGGAAGAACGGAGAUCACUACUGAUGACUUGUUACAAGCUGCACAAAUAGAAGAAAGGGGAAUGUUAGAUAGAAAGGAGAGAAGCCCAGAGACAUGGAAGCAAGUAGCAAUUAAUGAAGCAGCAAUGGCUGUUGUGGCUGUGAACUUUCCUGAUCUUAAGAAUAUUGAGUUUGUCACUAUUGCUCCUAGAGCUGGUAGGGAAUUGGGUUAUGUUCGAAUGAAAAUGGAUCCUAUUAAAUUUAAUGAAGGAAUGCUUACCCGGCAAUCCCUCCUGGACCAUAUCACUGUUCAACUAGCACCACGUGCAGCUGAUGAGAUUUGGUAUGGUGGGGGUCAGUUGAGUACAAUAUGGGCCGAAACGGCAGAUAAUGCUAGGUCAGAAGCACGGACUCUUGUUCUUGGUGGCCUCUCUGAGAAACAUCAUGGAUUAUCAGAUUUCUGGGUGGCUGAUCGAAUUAAUGAAAUUGAUUUGGAGGCAUUGCGGAUUGUCAACUUGUGUUAUGAACGUGCAAAAGAGAUUCUGCAGCAAAACCGAAAGCUUAUGGAUGCUGUGGUUAAUGAACUUGUUGAAAAGAAAAGUCUGACCAAACAAGAAUUUUUACGCCUAGUUGAGUUGCAUGGUUCCCUCCAACCAAUGCCAGCAAGCAUACUUGACAUCCGGACGGCAAAAGGAUUGAAGUUCCAGGAAAUGAUGAUGAACCAAAAGAAAGCAGCUAUACGAAGCGAUUAGUGAGCAAGGUGUGCCCAGAAAAUUAUCUGUUAGAUCUUUGAUCUUGGAGUGGCGCAUGAGCGCCAGGUUGGUGGUUGGUGGUUGCUGGAUUGAGCAGUCAUUAAUGCACAAUUUAUCUGUUGGAGGCGUUUCCUAUGGUCAUUGUCUUCAAUGGUUUCUUGUUUUUAUUUUAGCCCUACUGAUCAGAUAGCGGGAGCCUAUCCAUUGAUCAUAUACCAGUACAGCAGGCAUGCCAAGAAUAAAUCUGAGAAAAUUUUGACACCACACAAAUUUAUCCUUCAAUCCUGUUCUUAAUCGAUAUCCAAUGUUUGCCGAGGAGCUAUGUAAUGAAUUAUUGUGCAUCUGAAUCUAUAUGAUGCACUCGGCUACUUGAACAGAAUGGCUAGAGCUUUGAGGCACAUCAUUUUGUCCCUUCAUUUGCGCUUGGAAGAGAUUUCUGCAAUAUAUAUAUAUAUAUGUUCUAAUGUUUUG